UUGGACUUCCCUAAAAAGGGCGGAAUAUACAAAUAGGGCGGUACUGUAUUACUUUGUUUCCCGCCAGUGUCUCUGCUCAUGGUGAUUUAUACCUUUAAAUUCAUAAUUUAACUAAUAAAGCGAGACCGUUUUCAUAUCAGUGAACGUUGUUCGUGAAUGCUACUAAUCAUAUCAGAUGUGUAUGCGAGUUUCUCCAACUGAUUCCGGUAGCAGCGGAAUUUUAUUUGUUGGAUUCAAUCAAGAUUAUGGUUGUUUUGCAGUUGGUAUGCAAAAUGGAUUUAGAAUUUUCAAUAGUGAUCCUUUAAAACAAUUAGAACGUUAUGAAUUCGAUAUACGAGAUGGUACCGGUGUCGGUUACAUGGAAAUGUUAUUUCGUACAAAUUUACUUGGUAUACUAGGUGGUGGUAAUCAUUCACGUCUACCAAAUAAUGUAGCUUGUUUAUGGGAUGGAAUAAAACAACAAUUUGUUUUAGAAAUCACUUGUGCUACAGAUGUUCGUGGUAUUCGUUUAAGGCAUGAUCGAAUAAUAAUUAUACUGAUAAAUGCAAUCAAAGUGUACACAUUUAAUCCAUCACCUCAAUUAAUUUUUGAAUCAAAUACAUGUUCAAAUCCUUCAGGAUUAUGUUAUGUUUGUCAAAGUGCCGAUAAUCCAUUGGUUGUAUUCCCUGGACGACGACCUGGUACUGUAUCAUUAGUACAUAUUGGAAAUACUGGUAGUAGCGUUAACCUUAACAAUACUGGAAACAAUAAUAAUAAUAAUAUUAAUAAUCCUGGCAAUAUUAUUAACAAUAAUAAUAAUUUUAGUAGUAAUAUGGGCAAUAUAAAUACACCACUACCUGUCAAUACAAUUUGUCCAUCAUCAACAAAUGCCACAAAUAUGCCACCAAGACAAAUAAUUGCACAUGAAAAUCCACUUGCAUCAAUCAGUUUAAAUCGUGAUGGUUAUCUCCUGGCGACUGCAUCACAAAAAGGCACAUUAAUUCGUGUAUUCUCAACGAAAGAUUGUAGUUUAUUGCAUGAAUUACGACGUGGUACUAGUCAAGCGACAAUUACUUCGUUAUCAUUUAAUAAAGAUAGUGAUUUAUUAUGUGUAACUAGUGAACGUGGUACUGCUCAUAUAUUUUGCCUUACAAAAGAUUGUUUAUCGAAUUCACGUAAUAUCCCAUCGAUUGGUGGUGGUAGCACUAAUAGUAGUAGUAGUACUAGUGGUAGUAGUACUCACAAUAAUAAUAGUCCUCGUUUAACAAAAUCUUCUGGAUUCGGUUCCGGUAAAUUCUUUCCACGUUCUCUAUUUUCUACUACAAGCCAUGUACGAUGUGUUUUGGAAACGAAAUUCAAAGCUAUCUGUGCUUUCAGUUCUGUCAAUCCUGAUACUUUAAUUGUUUUAUCUGCCGAUGGAUCAUACUACAAGUAUACAUUUACAGUGAAUGGUACAGUGACACGUGUGACAUUUGUAAAUUUUCUCGAUUUCUAUGAUGAUGAAACAGAUUUUUGAAUUUACUUUGCGCUUUUUUUUCUCCCUCUCUCCCUCUUUCUCUUUCUUUUCAUUAUUUUAUUCUUUUCUUUUCUUUUGUAUUGUGAUAAUUUGAAUUUAUUGUGUAUGAUAUGAUAACAAACAAUCGAAUCAUGUUUUACGAAUGAAUUAUAUUUGAUCGGUGAUUACACUUUCAAUUUGCAUAUUCUCCUGUGGUUUUUUGUUGAUUAUUACUACUACUACUGAUACUACUACUACUACUACUACUACCACUAAUACUACUACUACACACACUACUACCACUACUACUACUUACUACUGAUACUAACACUACUACUGCUACUAAUACUACUGAUACCAACAGUAGUACUGGUAGUAGUACUAAUAUUACUACUACUACUACUGAUACUAACACUAUUACUACUACUGAUACUAACAUUACUACUACCACUACUAAUACUACUGAUACUAACAGUAGUACUGGUAGUA